UGGUCACGUGAACGCCCGUUUCGAAUCGCGUCUCCUUUCUUCAACGCGUCGCCCUCCUUUCUUCUACUACCAGUACACGCCAUCGAACACAGCCAUGUCAACAACCAACACCAAUUGCGUGAUAUGCGCUGAUCCUAAGAGCAAGCGUUGCGCAGGAUGUCAGGAAGUGUUCUACUGCUCGAGAGAACAUCAAAAACAAGCAAGUCUCACCGCCAAUCUCCCAAGACAUAUCUAACAUUGUUGCAGGGCUGGCCGAAACAUAAGAGUUUAUGCAAAAUCUAUCAGAGCUCCAAUCCUCCUCCCUCGAAUACCUAUUGCGGUCUCUGCGGUAAUACGGACAAGCUUACCACGACCAAAUGCUGCGGCAGAACUAUUUGCGAUGACCAAGAUAAUUAUCAAAUGUUCACCUACUCCAACGCCAGCUGCGACCGCAAUCACAGCAGAUAUACUCUCUGCUCAUCUCACCACAAGGAGAGACACGGGAAUGGAAAGUGGCAAGACUGCGAGCAUUGCAGAAAGAAUUUUACGGAAGAUGAGAGCUACGUCGGGCAAGGAACAAGUUCGUUCAAUUUCAAGGACGAUGUGUGGGAGAAUGCACCAAGCUUCGAACCGGCAUCUUGCAAGACUUGCAACAAGAGAAUCAAGAUGGGCAGUGAGGCUCAUUCAUACGGACCGAAUGGGCUAACAUGCGUUUCAUGCAUAGGCGGUUGGGACGUUAUCAAUAAGGGCACACGAGGGGAGGAUUGAAAAGUACUACUUUCGUACUAGAACAACACCAAAUCCAAAAGUUCAGGAUCGAGAACGAUACUAAAUUUGAGGACAUACUUGCGUGCCGUUAGAGGCUAGUGUCUGCUCCGUUUUCUUGUCUUUUGGCAGUUUCAGCCGCCAUUUGGUACUGAAUUCCACAAAAAGCACAAUGUUACUUACUCUACCUCAAAAUCCCCGUUGUUCAUGGAGUCCAAUUUAAAGCCCAUCUGAAGUGUGCUACUAUUUCAUCGCUUUGUACCCGAUUCUUGGUGUUCAAUUC